AUGGGCCUCCUCCGAGGCGGGGCCCCGUGCGCGCGGGCCAUGGCGCGCCUGGGCGCCGUGCGCUCCCAUCACUGCGCGCUGCUGCUGGCCGCGGCGUUCGCCGUCUGCGCCUUCUACUACCUGGGCUCGGGCCGCGAGACCUUCUCGAGCGCCACCAAGAGGCUGAAGGAGGCCCGCGCCGGGGCCCCCGCGGCGGCGCCCUCCCCGCCGGGGCCGGUGCCGGAGCAGGCGCGGGGGUCCGCGGCGCCCGCCCUGGGGGCCAAGGCCAAGAGCCUGGACGGCGGCGGCGGGGCCGGGCCGGUGGACUACCACCUGCUGAUGAUGUUCACCAAGGCGGAGCACAACGCCGCGCUGCAGGCCAAGGCCCGCGUCGCGCUGCGCUCCCUGCUGCGCCUGGCCAAGUUCGAGGCUCACGAGGUGCUGAACCUGCACUUCGUGAGCGAGGAGGCCAGCCGCGAGGUGGCCAAGGCCCUGCUGCGGGAGCUGCUGCCGCCCGCCGCCGGCUUCAAGUGCAAGGUCGUCUUCCACGACGUGGCCGUGCUGACGGACAAGCUCUUCCCCAUCGUGGAGGCCAUGCAGAAGCACUUCAGCGCUGGCUCCGGGACCUACUACAGCGACUCCAUCUUCUUCCUCUCGGUCGCCAUGCAUCAGAUCAUGCCCAAAGAGAUCCUGCAGAUAAUACAGCUGGACCUAGACCUAAAGUACAAGACCAACAUCCGGGAAUUGUUCGAGGAGUUUGACAAUUUCCUGCCAGGCGCCAUCAUUGGCAUCGCGAGAGAGAUGCAGCCGGUGUACAGGCACACAUUCUGGCAGUUCCGCCAGGAGAACCCCAAGACCCGGGUUGGGGGCCCGCCGCCCGAGGGGCUCCCCGGCUUCAACAGCGGGGUGAUGCUGCUGGACCUGGAGGCCAUGCGCCAGUCCCCGCUCUACAGCCGCCUGCUGGAGCCGGCGCGGGUGCGGCAGCUGGCCGACAAGUACCGCUUCCGGGGCCACCUGGGGGACCAGGACUUCUUCACCAUGAUCGGCAUGGAGCACCCCGAGCUCUUCCACGUGCUGGACUGCACCUGGAACCGGCAGCUCUGCACCUGGUGGCGGGACCAUGGCUACAGCGACGUCUUCGAGGCCUACUUCCGCUGCGAGGGCCACGUCCGGAUCUACCACGGGAACUGCAACACCCCGAUCCCGGAGGCCUAG